CCGCUCUCCCAGCCAGUCGCGGCGGCGGGGAAGAAGGCGGCGUCACGGCCGGCUUCACGUCAGGUGAGGCGAGGCGGGGCGGACUGUGGGCGAACUGUUGCUUCCUUCUGAGGCGUCCUCUACGACGACACCCAGCCGCCGCUGCUGGGGCUCCAAGAUGGACCGUCCCUCGCCGCUGCUCGUCGCUCCCGCAACGCGCGCGGACCAAAAUGGCCGCCUGCUGCUGCUGCAGGGCCUGGAAAAUGGCGCCUCAGCAACAGGACCUGGAGGAGAAGAGGACGCGAAAUCCAGCUCCACAGCGAGCUCUCCGAGCCCCGACGACGACGCUGCAGGCGACUCCUUCGUGGUGCUGCUGGAAGUGGAGCGAGGGUCACCCCAAGACGCCCCAGAUCCCCAGGAGGCCGUGCCCCAGAAAUCAUCUCCGAGCAUCGCUUCCCCGCAGGCGAGCACCGUGAGCCUCAACAGCAGCGAUUUGCUGGUGAGCUUCGACCACGGCGUCUUCACCUUGGCAGCCACACCGGCGAGGACUCCUACUGUGGCAGGCCCCUCGCCGAGGAGCCCUCUUGCACCCCCAAAACCAAUGGCUGAAGCUGAAGUUGAAGCUGAGGCUGAAGAGGAUGCAACCCCACCGGAGAAUCGCCGCCUCGUCAUUGCAACCCCAAGCUCCUCCGGCCCCCCAACUUACACCUGCCCCGAGCCCCAGUGUCCCCACACCUUCGCCAAGAAGCACCAGCUCAAGGUGCACCUGCUGAGCCACGGCUCGAGCCAAGGCCGGCGCCCCUUCAAGUGCCCCCUGGACGGCUGCGGCUGGGCCUUCAGCACCUCCUACAAGCUCAAGCGCCACCUGCAGUCGCACGACAAGCUGCGGCCCUUCGGCUGCCCCGCGGGCGGCUGCGGCAAGAAGUUCACCACCGUGUACAACCUCAAGGCGCACAUGAAGGGCCACGAGCAGGACAGCCUCUUCAAGUGCGAGGUGUGCGCCGAGCGCUUCCCCACGCACGCCAAGCUCAGCUCGCACCAGCGCAGCCACUUCGAGCCCGAGCGGCCCUACAAGUGCGAUUUCCCCGGCUGUGAGAAGACAUUCAUCACAGUGAGCGCACUCUUCUCCCACAACCGUGCUCACUUCAGGGAACAAGAACUCUUCUCAUGCUCCUUCCCUGGGUGCAGCAAACAGUACGACAAGGCCUGCCGCUUGAAAAUCCACCUGAGAAGCCACACAGGUGAAAGACCUUUUAUUUGUGACUCUGACAGCUGUGGCUGGACCUUCACUAGCAUGUCUAAACUCCUGAGGCACAAAAGGAAACAUGAUGAUGAUCGGAGGUUCACCUGCCCUGUGGAAGGCUGUGGAAAGUCAUUCACCAGGGCAGAGCACUUGAAAGGCCACAGCAUUACUCACCUGGGCACGAAGCCAUUUGAGUGUCCUGUGGAAGGGUGCUGCGCCAGGUUCUCUGCUCGCAGCAGUCUCUACAUUCACUCCAAGAAGCAUGUGCAGGAUGUGGGUGCUCCGAAGAGCCGCUGCCCAGUGUCCAGCUGUAACAGACUCUUCACCUCCAAACACAGCAUGAAGGCGCAUGUGGUCCGGCAGCACAGCCAGCACCCAGGCCUCUUACCUCAGCUCGGAGCUUCGAAUUCCCUAACGUCCAGCAGUGAACUCAGCAGCCCGGCCCAGAAUGAGCUCAACAAUCUCGACCUGGCAGCACUUUUCUCUGAUGCACCCAGUGACAGCAGCACUGCCACGGGGACCCCUGACGAGGCGCUUAACUCUGGAAUGCUGACAAUUGAUGUGACUUCUGUGAGCUCAUCUCUUGGGGGGCCCCUCCCCUCUAACAGUAGUUCCUUAGGGCCCAUGGAACCCCUGGUCUUGGUGGCCCACAGUGACAUUCCUCCCAGCCUGGACAGCCCUCUGGUGCUGGGACCAGCAACCACAGUGCUUCCACAGAGCAGCUUCAGUAUGGACGAUGUGCAGGCCAUGGGUGCGGGGGCCUUAGGCUGCUUGGUAGCUCUGCCUGUGAAGAACUGGAGUCAAGACCCACAGGCUCUGCCCUCCAGCAGUCACUCAACUGAGAACACCAGCACACCGACCCCUGCAAGUCCCCAGCAGGGAAACUCCAGCAUCCCGGAGCUGUUGGCUCCCGUCAAAGUGGAACUGAACUCCCCUCCUGGCCUGGGUGCUGUCCAGCAGCAGGAGAACAGCAGUGGGCUGGCCCGGACUGUGUUCUCCAGCCCUGCAGAAAAGCCCAGUCAGCAGAAAGACACAGGGCUCAGUGCAGGGGACGGCUGCUUCUAUUUGGUAUGAGUGUUCUCUGAGUCGCCACCACCUAGUCCACUUCUUACACUCGGUUGGGAGGAUGCUCUGGAUCAGUCCUUUGUGUGCAGACUUUCUUAACUGGCUUGCAAAAGGAAGGAGCCCUGGGCUACAAGUCUGGAAAUCUGAAUUCUGAUCCAGUCUGGAACUGACUAGUUUUUCUGACCUUGAACAAAUCACUUAACCUAUCUAAGCCUUAAAUUCUCAUUUAUUUCUAAAAUGAGGGGGUUUGGCUAGAUGAGUUUUAAGAUCGUCCAUUUGAGUUCUGUGAAUCUGUGAUGAUCUGUUUUUCUUUUUAUUUUUUUACAUUUGGGCUGUUUCAUAAUGUUGAAAUGUUCUGCCUUUGUGCGUUUCACAUAAUGACAAGUCUUUCGACUUAUUAAUGAAAAGGGGAAGAGUCCUGACAUCAACUGUCUCUGAAAGUUUAAUGGGAACUUUAAAACCAUGCAGAAAAAAUUUUUUAACUGGAGUGGAUAGAAUAAAAGGAAGUAGUUUAUACACUUUGGUUUCUGGAGAGUUAUAAGAGCAUUUUUCUGAUUUAAGGCUGAAAGUUAAUAUACUUUAAAUUGUAUUUAUGCCAGGAAUGCAGUUAAUAUAAUUUAACUUAAAGUAAUUUAAAGAUUAAAUUUGAUUAAUUGGGAGGAGUCUGAUUUUUUUCCUCAGUCUCAAAUAGGAAUGAUCAAAUAGGAUUUUAUCUCUGUGGCACACAGUAAAUUUUAAUGUGAAAUUGUUUAAAAUGCGAAAUACUAUUUUACUACUUUUUUAAUGGGAUUUUGGGGGAUUAGGGCAAGUUGUCAGAAUGUGGUAACCCAUCUUGCCAAGAACCAGCUUUGAUUCUUUAUGUCUACAGGAAGUGCCAGUGCCUGUUGCCCUUCACUGUGCUUGCUCAUCUCUUGUCAGCAGCUGAGCCUUGCUUGCAUUACCCCUGGCUUUGGCUGACAUAGCAGUUGCUAAGCUGGCAGGCGACAGGGCCAGUCAGGGAGAUGGCCUGGCUCAGCUAAGCGGGAAUGCAGAACUUGUGCGUAGGGCCUCGGUGUCUUGGGAUCCAGGGCAGAACCCUUUGCAUCUCCAGAGCCAGCACUGGCAGGUGGAGUCAAGUCGAGUUAGCACAGCCCUGAUGCUGACUCCUUCAUUUUCUCGCUGUUUGCAUGAUAUUGGGCAGCCUCAAAUCUCUGAGCACAGAUGAUGUGUGGUGAAUGGGUUACAGGUAUGCAAGAGCUGUUCUCUUUUUAGUGGCGAGUAGUCAGCAGUUUUUCUUUGUACUUUCACAAGUUUACAGCUGGGUCAAUCUUCCUAGGGGUCCCACUGUGCACCAGUUCAUUGCUGACUUCAGGGGUGGUAACUCAGACUUAGUGGAGAAUGCCUGAUGCCAGCAAGGCUCUGCAGCAGAAGUGAGAGGGCUCCUCGGGGUUGCCCGUCCAUGAUUGUGUGGUUAGAACUAUCCUGUUCCUUCCUCCAGGAAGCUGUGCCCGGGCUUCAGACUUCAUAGAAAUCUGUCUGUCAUUCAUUGUCAAGUUUUUGUGUACAAUAUCCUGUUAUGUUUUAGACUUCGGAGGAAUAAACUUUGCUUCUCUGCAUAAUAAAAUUAUGUAUUUAUUCCAA